CUGUUUCAUGUUUUAUCUGAAUAAACAAUAGUCUGACUGUUCUGACAUUUUGUUCAUAAAGGACAAAAAUGCAGAAUAAUGGCAUCAUUUAUGCGCAAAAUAAUGCACAUUGAAUCUGACAAAUCUAACCUAUGAUCUGAAAUGCCAAAAAUAUCUGGGGGGUUUUAUGGAAAAAUAAAUCAGCCGUCAAAAAAAAAAAUAAGCUUGUAUCUCAACUUUAAAGGUAGAGGGCGCUGUGUAUGUCUAGUUCGUCUUCCCCCACAGAGAGCAGCCAGUACAUGUGUUUUUUACUGGAAUUUGUGUGGAGAGAAUACGAACAAGUAUGUCUCGAUUUGUAAGAUAUCCGCUGUAUGUAAAAGGCAACCCUCAAUGUCGGGUCUUCUUCACAGACUUCUAUAUGAAACUGGUGAAAUCUGACAAGGAAAGACCCCCAAAUGUCGUCACUUUUGAAUGUCCUGUACAAAUGACAAAGUUUGAUGUGAAGAACUACCUGGACAGAUUAUACAACGUUCCUGUGGCCAAGGUAAAUACACAGAUAGUGUAUGUGGCAUUCAAGCGUGACCACAGGAAUAGAAGAUUCAAGCCUAAAGAUGACUUCAAGUUGGCACAUGUCACAUUGCCGGACAACCAGACGUUCGAGUUCCCUGAUAAUUUGUUCAAGAAAGAAACAGACGAAGAUGAAGAGGACAUGAUAGAAGAAGUCAAAGCUAAGCAGAAAGUAAAAGACAAUCUCCUGAGAGAACGAGGCGGUGUGCCGUUGUGGUUUGGGCUAUGACCCCCACCCACCCCCACCUGUAGAUACAUGUGACUGUUGGAAUCAGCUACUUGAUGAACAGUGUUCAGGGUGUUACGCAGUUGUAAAACAAUCAAGGAUGCAGUUUGGCUGGAAAGGAAACGAUUUGAUGGCUAGAACGCCAUGGACUGAUGAGAUCUUUGUGCCGGAUCAAGGCUGUGUUUUUUUAGACAUUAACUUCAUGAUUAUCUGUGUGCAGUAAUAGAAAGGAACAGUAUUUUAAAACAAAGUUGUUUAUACUUGAAUGUAUUCAAGAGAGAGAAAUGUUCUUUGAAACCAGAUGGAUUGUUAUAACAUGAAUUGAAUAGACCUCUUGCAUGUGACGUCACACGCGCAAAAAGGGCCCUCACAUUUGCUUAGCAUGAAAUUGUUGCCUUGAUAAACGAGG